UUUUAACUGCUAGUCACUGCAGGCCACGGUUCAACAAGUGCUCUUGUUCUUCUAGACCUCAGCGCAGCAUUCGAUACAAUCGACCAUGACAUUUUAAUUGAAUGGCUUGAAAUAUUAUGAGGGUAACACAUUCUGCUCUGGAGUGGUUCUGCUCUUACCUGCAAAGCCGCAAGCAGUAUGUCGAUAUGGGUGGCUUUAAUUCCUCGGUCAGUUCAGUGCAAUCUGGGGUUCCUUACGGAUCAGUGCUUGGUCCCAUUCUUUUCAGAAUUUACAUGGUCCCGUUUGGAACACUGCUGCGAUGUCCUGCGCUAUGCUACAACUGCUAUGCAGAUGACACCCAUAUUUACCUAUAACAACUGCAAAAUCAUGGAUGCAGAACAAUUUUCUCCAGCUAAAUGGAAAUAAGACCGAACUCCUCUUAGUCGGCUCUCCCCAACAGUUGCAAAAAACUGGAAUUUUCAGCCUAGUUAUUGAUGGUCAUCUUGGGGUGAUAUUUAAAGCGUUCUGUUCUUUAGAAGCUCAUGUUAAUAAGGUUGUGAAAACAUCGUUUUUCAACUCAGAAACAUUUCUCGACUGCGCAACAUCAUUACACCGAUUGAAUGCAAGAGGUUAGUCCAUGCACUUGUCCUCUUGCGAAUCGAUUUCUGCAAUGCUUUGCUGGUUCGUAUUUCAAAUACUGUAGGUCCUUGGUAGAAGACAAAUGAUUCAGAAUGCGACUGCUCGGGUGCCCACCCGAACCCCGUUACGUGACCACAUUUCUCCAGUUCUCUUAUCAUUACACUGGCUACCGGUCUUGAAGUGAGUAUAGUUUAAGAGCCUUCUUUACUCGUUUAUAAAGCCUUGCAUGAGCUGGCACCACCAUAUAUUCACGAGAUAAUUCAUCCAUAAACCCCUCGAGGUCGUUAAGAUCUGCGUACCUCGAUCCCUGCUGCAUUGCUGGGGUGAGUGGGCAUUUUUUUUUGUGGCUUCGCCUCGGUCGUGGAAUUCCCUACCAUUGGAAAUUCGUUUAACCAACAAUGUGGAUACUUUUAAGUCGCGUCUACAAACACAUUUUCUUCAUUCCAUUUAUUAUAUUCAGCUGUCCUUCUCUCGUGGCCUUUCCUUAACCUUAUUCUUACAAGGCCCCUUGAGACAUUAGUGGGAGGCGCCUUACAAAUACAUGUAAAUUAUUAUUUCGAUUUACGGGCACUAACCCAAAACAACCACUUUUAUAAAGGAAAGCAUGUUUGUUUGCACUAUUUACCACAGGCAUGUGUGGUUAAUGCAGAUUUGAUGAUGCUUUGCAAUAGGUAUGUCUAUUUUGUGUUUGAACAUCUAAAAAUUUUGACAAUUGUUUUCGACGUUUUGCUUCGUGAUUGCAUCCGGCAUCAGGCGUGGUGGCAGAUUUAACAACACAUUUAUACUUGCGCAAACUAACCCCAAACACCUUUAUUACAGAUAUUAUUGGUCGCGAAAGCCUGUGUUAAAGCGAUCUUUCAUAUUAUCUGUAUAAAAAGGCUGCAUUUCUUUUUGUUGCCAACGCGUGCCUCCGAUGUACCCAGGAAAUGCUGCUUCACUGGACUUCCCUCUGUCUCGUCGCUGGGCUGUCCCAAGUGGCACGUGGUGGCAAUGUUUUGGUGUGGCCAGCCGAUGCCAGCCACUGGAUCAACAUAAAAUCCAUCAUGGAUGAGCUCGUCGAGAGAGGACACCAGGUUACCGUUAUCAUCCCCACCGGGGCGAUGUUCAUGGACACGCGGACGCUGGGACGCGUGCACCACGAACUCCUGAAGGUCAACUUCACCAAAGAGGAGCAGGAGGUGAACAUGGACAAAUUCUUCCAGUUCUGGAUUUUUGAGAGUACAAAACUCUCUUACUGGGAGGUCUACUGGAGACACAAUGCAGAGGUUCAGGAGAACAUGAAAGAUAACCGGGAAAUCUGCACAGCGAUGGUGCGAGACAAGAACCUGAUAUCGCGUCUCCGGGACUCCCAGUUCCACGUGCUCCUGUCCGACCCAUUCGCCAUGUGCGGCGACGUACUGGCCCUCAUGCUGGGCAUCCCCUACGUCUACUCACUACGCUUCACUCCGGGCUACAUGGCCGAGCGCUACUGUGGAGCGAUGCCUGCACCUCCGUCCUACGUGCCCGUGCCCAUGUUCUCUCUGACGGAUGAAAUGAACUUUUGGCAGCGUGUGCAGAACUUUUUGCUGUACAGGAUUUUUGAAAUGAUCACGAUGUAUAUGGGGCAGGAGUCGAACAACAUCUACAGUGAGAUUCUUGGAGAAGGGACUACUCUAUGCCAGGUGAUGAGUGGUGCCGAGUUAUGGCUCAUCCGGACCAACUGGGACCUCGAAUUUCCACGUCCGUUCCCUCCCAACUUUAUCUUUGUCGGGGGGCUCCACUGCAAGCCCGCAAAACCAUUACCUGAGGACUAUGAAGAAUUUGCCCAGAGCUCGGGUGAGCACGGCCUCAUUGUGUUUUCGCUGGGCUCCAUGAUCAAAUACAUGCCUAUGGAGAGAGCUGAAGUGAUCGCCUCUGCACUGGCUCAGCUCCCACAGAAGGUCGUGUGGAGAUACACGGGAGAGAAGCCGUCUUCCCAGGGCUCCAACACCAAACUGGUGCCCUGGCUACCACAGAACGACUUGCUGGGCCACCCAAAAACCCGUGCCUUCAUCACGCAUGGCGGGACUAACGGGGUCUACGAAGCCAUCUACCACGGCGUCCCCAUGCUCGGCUUCCCGCUUUUUGGUGACCAGAAGGACAACCUCUUGAGACUUCAAAAGCAUGGGAGUGCCAUCGUGCUGGACAUCAACACGGUCACUGCCCCAGAGAUCCGAGAUGCACUCGUCUUGCUCAUCCAUAAUAGCAGCUACCAAGAGAGCAUUGAGCGGCUCUCGCGCCUCCACCACGACCAGCCCGAGCGACCGAUAGACCGCGCGGUGCACGCGCUGGAGUUCGUGAUGCGUCACGGCAACGCGCGCCACCUACGCCCAGCGGCGCAUCGACUCACCUGGUAUCAGCUGCACUGCCUGGACGUGGUCGCCUUCCUGAGUGCUGCUGCAGGGCUCGCCCUCGCGCUGCCCGUCCUCCUCUGCCGCCUGUGCUGCCACCGCAGGAGGGCGGCCAAAGUGGCAGCCAAGAAGAGCAAGAAGGAGUGACCGGAGAGUGUGGACACCGUUUCGCAUCUUCGAAUCAAACAAUAGUCGAUGGUUUGAUGCUCAUGUAACACAGUGAGAAUCACAACACCAUUGUUAUUUUCUCUAACCCAUGAGGUGAAUAUGCUCGUGAUUCUAGUGAACGAAAUUUAGCAGGAGAUAUAUGUUGUGGUCGUAUUUCUUUGUCACGUUGGAGUGUGUUACCAAACGCCCUUUGUGUGAACACAGACAGCCGGAACGACAGAGAUGAGAGUUAGCAGGGGAUCAUGUUUACUUCCGUUUUUACAAUUACGUGGUAUGAAUCAAUCGCACACGUUUCAGAGGAAUGCUUAUUCUCACCCUUCACAUAUCAAACUCUUUGACCAUAAGGCUACAUGAAGCCCAGACUUGCACGGUGAGCAAACAUCAGUCCACAAUAGAGCAUAUAGGACCAUACUUUUGAACUUUUUUUAUUUUUGUGAAUUAUGUGCAUGCGUAAAUAGCUUCUGAUGUUCACACAAGUCAGUUCAUCAGCCUUGGACCACGUUUAUUCACAGAACACGAAGCCACUUACGUUGCUUGAAUUAAUAUGUUGUAGGAUUUGGCAUGUUUUUGUUAUAACACAGCGUUGAGAACUUGUGGUGUCUGUGUUCAUCGCCAAACACGUGUGAGCACUUCUACAGACCUAUGAGAUUUAGCGCAGUGCAGGCUACCAUCUCAGUUUGAAGCCUGCGGUGCAACAGUAGUUCGGAGAUGUUAACUCCGUCGCCUAGUAUACGGGAGGUCGUAGGGUUUCGAUCCCGACCCUGACGCCUGUGUAUUUGG